UUAGAAACUCAAAGUUUCGAGAUAGAUGUUUUGGUAGGAAUGGGGAACUGGAGAAAUUAUAUGGUGCUAAUUGCUUCAAUUGUAAACAUACUUGAGUUAUGGUUCAAUUGAUUCUCAAUUAAAUUCAAUUAAAGCAAAAGAACUUCUUUCAAGACAGAAGAAAGGUGUGAAUCUAUAUGAGAAGCCUUCAUCUCAUGGAGAAUCAGCUGUACUGCAAGGUCACCGUUUAUCUCAACUCAUUGACCUCCAUUGAAGACUCCGAUUUGGAGUCGUUUCUCAAAGCCAAGCAAUAUUACAACCGACUCGGCCGCGUCUGGAAGUGAAGCUUCUUGCUUUACGGCCCCUCCGGCACCGGGAAAUCCAGCUUCGUCGCCACCAUGGCCAAUUUCAUCAGCUACUACGUCUACGAUCUCGACCUCUCUAGGGUUAAAGACGACUCGGAGUUGAAGAUGCUUCUUUUACAGACCACGAGCAAGUCGGUGAUCCUCAUCGACGACCUGGAUCGGUUCUUCGCGGAGAAAUCGACGGCGGUCAGCUUCUCCGGCAUAUCGAACUUCAUGGACGGCUUGCUCAAAUCGUGCUACGCCAAAGAGAGAGUCAUGACGAGGUUGAUGCGAUUCGGAACCUCUGCACUUUCGUUGUGCUGGGUAUAAGAUUUUGGAAGAAAAAAAAAUUCUGGGUAUAUGUUUAGCGAUGGGGGCUUAAUGGGAAAAUGAGUAAAAUUUAUUUAUAUAUUUUUAAUAUAAAUAGGUUGCUGGGUGUACAUAGAUUUCUGCUGGGUACAUUUAGAAACACCCGUUUUGUUCGAUCGGAUGGCUUCCCGUCAGUUUGUCGAUUUCUUCCGCCGGGAAAAAGCGCACCAAUAGUACUAAACUGUUUGAGAAGAUGACUUCAAAGUUGCAGUCGGUCAAUUCAGUGCUCGAUGAUGCUGAGGAGAAGCAAAUCAGAAACCCUGCAGUGAAGAAGUGGCUUGACGAGCUUAAAGAUGCUAUCUAUGCUGCGGGGGAUCUGCUGGAUGAAGUCAAUACCGAAGCUCUGCGGCUCAAAGUAGAAGUAGAAGGUAAAGCGGAAAAGAACGACACCGGCUGGAGGGACAUUGUCAAUUCCAGUUCAAUUGAUGAAUUUGACAAAAGUCUUGAACACAAGAUAAAAGACAUUCUCCAUAGGGUAGAACUUCUUGCAAACAAGAAACAAGUACUUGAUUUGAAAGAAUGUGUUGUAGUAAGACCACAAGUAAGAUUACCUGCUACAUCUGUGGUAGAAGAGCACGCGGUGUACGGCAGGGAUGAUGACAAAGAGCGCAUUAUACAACUUCUGGGAUCACAGGAUGCAAGUGGCAGUACUGUGGGUGUGAUUCCUAUUGUGGGCAUGGGUGGGAUCGGGAAGACCACCCUUGCUCAGCUUGUCUACAAUGAUGAUAGAGUAAAGAAGAUCGCCCGUGAUGAUGCAGUACAGACCAGGGUAAAGAAGAUCGCCCGUGAUGAUGCAGUACAGACCAGGGCUUCCAACUUUGACAUCCAAGCAUGGGUUUGUGUUUCAGAAGAAUUUGACGUGGUUAGAAUAACCCAAACAAUUCAUGGGUCAGUCAUCACUGGUCAGACUUGUUGUGUUAAGGAUUUGAAUCUACUUCAAGUUCAAUUGAAGGAUGCUUUGGCGGGGAAGAAGUUUCUCAUUGUUCUUGAUGAUGUUUGGAACGAGAAUUAUGCUCUGUGGGAUGUCUUGAGGGGGCCGUUCCAGUCUGGAGCACAAGGAAGUAAGAUCAUUGUCACAACACGCAAUCACGGUGUUGCAUCUGUGAUGGGUACUGUUCUGAAACCCUGCUAUCUAAGGCAAUUAUCUGAGCAAGAUUGCUGGAAACUGUUUGCUAAACAUGCCUUUGAAAAUGCAAAAGUUGGUGAACAUCCACAUCUUGAAGUAAUGGGAAGAGAGAUUGUGAGAAAGUGUAAAGGUCUUCCCUUGGCUGCAAAAUCACUUGGAGGUCUUUUACGCUCUGAACUGGAUCCGAAACAAUGGGAGAUGAUAUUGAACAGUGACAUAUGGGAGUUAUCAGCAAAGGAGAGCAACAUUCUGCCUGCUCUAUGGUUGAGCUAUCAAUAUCUAUCUUCAGAUCUCAAGCGGUGUUUUGCCUUUUGUUCGAUAUUCCCCAAAGGUUACGAAUUUACUAAAUCGGAAUUAGUAUCGUUGUGGAUGGCUGAAGAUCUCUUACAACCUGAAAGGAGGAAAACAAUGGAACAAGUUGGAGAUGACUACUUCAACAUUCUAAUCUCAAGGUCAUUUUUUCAACAUUCAACUGCUUCUAAUCAAUCAGUUUUCACCAUGCAUGACCUCAUCAAUGAUUUAGCCAAAUUUGUUUUGGGAGAAUUUUGUGUUAGGUUGGAGGAUUAUGACUCCCUCGAGUUUCCAAACAAAAUUCGUCAUUUGUCAUAUCUGAAAACCGGUGUUCAUGAAUUUGAAUAUCUUGGGUGUUUACUUGGUACUAAGAAUCUGCAUACCUUACUAGCAUUACCACUACAGCUGCCGUCUCAUGGAGAGUGCUAUAAGACGAGCAAGUUACAUCUUAUGGCAUUGGGAAAGCUAAAAUACUUGAGACUGCUCAACUUAUCGAAUUGUGAGGUCGGGCAGUUUCUCUAUUCAAUCGACUUACUGAAACAUCUAAGGUACUUGGACUUGUCUCGCACUCAAAUCGAAGAGCUACCCAUCGAAGAGCUACCCGAGGCAGUGUGCAAGCUUUAUAAUUUGCAGACAUUGUUGUUGUUGGAUUGCAAAGACCUCACUCAGUUACCAGCAAAAUUGGGAAGUCUAAUCAACUUACGUCGUCUUGAUAUCAGAGGUUCAAAGAUAAAGAGGAUGCCCACUGGUAUGGAAAAAUUAAAAGAUCUCCAACUACUACGUGACACUGUCCUGGCGGUAGACAAAUCUGAAGAAAAAAUUGAAAAGUUUAAGGAGCCUCAUUUGGGAAAAUCACUCUGUAUCUCAGUACUCACUAAAACUGUCCUUGAUGGGAAUGCUUUGGAGGACGAUAUGAUCAGUGACAAGGAGUUUUUUAUUCAGCUAGCUUUGACAUGGGAAGGUAAUACUGGUGAUUCAGGGAAAGAUGAAGAAGUACUCAAGAAGCUCAAACCUCAUUCAAAUCUGAAGGAGCUCACGAUUGAAUCUUAUGGGCAUACAAGUUUUCCAGAUUGGUUAGGAAGUGAUUCUUUCUGUAAUCUAACUUCUAUUACACUAGCAGAUUGCAAAUCUUGUCUCCACUUGCCACCAUUUGGGCAGCUUCCCUCCCUCAUACAGCUCUGUCUUACAGGGUUAGAUGCAGUGGAGUCGAUUGGUGCUGAGUUUUUUGGUCAUGUAGAAAAGCCAUUUAUAUCCCUGAAAGUUCUGAGUUUCAUAAAUAUGAUGGGGUGGAAAGAGUGGUCAUAUACUGGUGGUAGCGAAGAAAGUGGAAGCUUUCCUGAUCUUCGUAAUCUUCAUCUGAAUCACUGUCCGAAGCUGACUGGGAUGUUACCGCUAGAUAGCAUACGAAACCUUGAAAGCCUCGAGCUGCAGAAGCUGGAUCUCUUUACUGCAUUAUCACAAAAUUCUGAAUGCCUAGAAUUGCUGUCCCUCUGUACCUUGAAGAUACGUGAAUGCCCAAAUUUUCAGUGCUUUCCCAAUGAAGGGAUGCAUGCACCCAGAUUAACAGAGAUGUGUAUCUGUGCAUGUAAGAAACUAAGGUCAUUGCCAGAUGAAAUACACACUUCUCUUCCUUCUCUUCAGAAUAUGAUCCUAGAAGAUUGUCCAGAGCUAGAAUCAUUUCCUAUAGGGGGUUUGCCGUCAAAGUUAAAAACACUUGAGUUUGAUUGUAGCAAAAAGCUCUUGGAAAAUAAGCAAUGGGGUCUACCAAGACUCAACUUCCUUAGAAGCUUAAAACUCAGCUUCAACGGAUAUGAAGGGACUUCAUUUCCACUGGAGGUGGGACUGUUGCCAACUCAGCUCACUUCUCUCUAUUUCUUCAAUCUAAAGAAUGUCACGACAAUCAAAAUCAAGGAGUUUCAAAACCUCAACUCUCUUGAAAAGCUGUUUAUUGGGGAAUGCCCCAAGUUGAGGAACUUACCUCCAGAUGGGUUACCCGCUUCUCUUUAUCAUCUGGGAAUCGAGAAUUGUCCUUUGCUAAAUGGAGGACACAGGACAAUGACACGGGAGAAUUGCCCCGAGGUGAUUGCUCGCAUUCCUCUCGUAACAAAUGAUGGAAAAGAGAUCUAAUGAAAGAUGCUGAUGGCUCCCAUUUCUUGUAUUUGGAAUUAUCAAAUUGUCUCUGAGGCUCCUCUAGUUCACUUGUGAUUUUUGACCAAAUGGCAAGUAAAUGAAACUCUGCUGAUUUUAUCAACCAGCGGUACUCUUGAGGAUUUUAUUUGUUCAGUUCAACAUGUUACAGGUUUCUCUUUUGUUUUCCUACACAUGUAACUGAGAAAUUGUAGUUGCUGAUGGAUUAGCUCAGCAAGCCAUCCAGGAUUUCAUAGAUUGGUGGGGUCUCAACUCUGUUGGCAGUGUAAACCUCAAGCUGCCUGUAAGUAUCAGGUUUUUUGUGAUUUCUUGCGCAGCAAUCAGAUAUCUGCAAUGCUGCUGGAUGUACUCAUGACACGUUGACCUCACCGAUCUGUACAGAUCCAAUUGAGGUCAACACAAAAAUCAGACCUACUGUUGUGGUUGCCAAUUAAAGUGAAAUAAGCUGCUUUGUGUCCACUUUAAACGCUUAUUGUUUAGGUAGCAGAUAUCCUCAUUUUCAUGCGGUGACUAAAGGAUCUUGUUCAGCUAAACCGCCCCUCCGAUGAUCUUCUUUUCGAAACAAAUAUGUUGACAUUCAUCCACCCUGCAGCCAUGGGCGCCAGAGUCUGAACUUCAGAGGAUUAAUUUGUUAAUCAAAUUUAACCAAGGGCACUUGCUCAUAAGAUGAGUUGCAACAUAUUUGACCUUGUACUUGUUCAGUUUCUUUUUUUCUUCCAAAGUAUUCACAAUAUGAAUUCAUCUAAGAUCUCCUUAUUUGAUACAUUGCAUAAAAUGACCAGAGCAAUAUUCUUA